GAAAGUCAUCAUUGCGGAGCAGGUGGAAUGCGACUCGAUAUAAAGAGUAAACGGGCGCCGAAGGAGAAAGUCCGUUCCCCUCUUGUCUGACCAACAAUACCAACAUGAAAGCUGGCAGCGUUCUGAUUCUGGGCUUGACCCUCGUUGCGCCGUUCGGUGUUGCGGGUGCACCUAGGACCGAGCUUCCAAAUCAAGCUGGACUCUUUGACCCUUGGCUCUGCAAAUGGUUCCAUGUUCGUUGCCCGCCCGCCGCCCCUGAGCCGCCAACUAGGCCGCCGACUCCUCCGCCCACCAGCACCCGCCGUCCAACUUCCACCUCCACCGCCAAACCACAAACGACAUCAACCGGCCGCACAACCACCGCAACAUCCCAACCCACCGCCGUCCCCGCCCCCGCCCCCGGUGACAACGACGGCGCCGACGACGGCUUCGACCCCACAACCGAGAUCCCCGCCCUGGCGCGCCUCGAAAAGCGCUGGGGAACAUUCGAGCGCCGCUUCACCGCUCUCCCCUCCGAAGGCCUGUCCACCCAGAUCCCAUGGGCGUCAAGCUACUGGCCCUCAUUCCUGGACGGCAUCAACAAUCGCUGGCAGGGUAGCCGCGUACCUUCCCCCGUCGAGAAGUAUGCCACCGCUUACGGUCUCGAUGCGAGCAAGCUUGCCGCAGAGUACAGCAAGCAGCAUGGGGUAUUGAUGAAUGGACAUAUAAGUCACAAGUGUGUCUCGAGCUUUGGAUGCCCGAGCGGAAGCAAAUGUGUUGCUCCCAGUGGGGCUGGGGUUUUUGAACAGCGCUACUGCGUGCCGACUUGGGAGGGCAUCUGUGACGGCUGGACCGCCGCUGCUGUGCUGUUGCCCGAGCCGAAGUGCUCCGUGCGGGCCCAGAACGGCGUUAUCUUCAACCCCGGCGACCUGAAAGCCCUCAUGAGCGGCUUCUUCGCCGCCGACCGCGGCAAAUACACCUACGACAUUGGCAUGUCCGCCCGCUGCCGCACGGACACACCCCGCAAAGACCCCAGCGGGUACUACACCGACAAUUCCUGCAACGACUCCUCCGCGGGCAUGUUCCACCUCGUCAUCACCAACAUGCUCGGUCGCUACAAGCGCGCGUUCGCAUUCGACCAGGAAACUGAGGCGGAGGUGUGGAACCAGCCCGUGUAUGGAUUCAAGAUGCAGGGCGCGGCGGAGAUUACCCGGGCGUAUGCUCAGCAGAUCCUUGGGGCCGAUUUCAAGCUUGGUCCCCACGCUGCGAAAUUCAUCCACGUUGCGAGCGACCUCGACUGGGUGUCGGAAGCCACGGACUCGCAGCUGGAUCUCAACUAUGAGGACAACGCCCGCCAGCUCAAGUCUGUGCUCCGGACCACCCGUUACGAGUACAUCCUUGUCUUGAACGCGGAUGGGAUCAUUGUCGGCGGCGAGUGGGUUGGCAAGUCCAAGAAUAACCAGCCGGAUUUCAUGUGGUUCCCGUACGGCACUGACAAGACGGCCGUUGUGUACGGCGGAAUCGCGUAUGCGGAGCUGGACAAACUUUGGCAGAAGUCGGCUACCUGCAGUAGAUAGAGUGAUGAAAUGAUUCUUUCGUUUUUCCCUGCUUGUCAGUGAGAUAUUGAAGCGGCGUGACAUAGAUACUGCAUCAGAACCCCCAAGUACCCUUGGAAGAUUUUCCUCUAGAAAGCGAUGCCAUAGAUACCUGGCGCACCUCAUAAAAGUUUCCCAUAUUAAGAAGGUCACCGUGAAAUUGAAUAGAAGCGCAGGUCGUACCGUACA